UAACCACCGUGAUAGAUAUCUUUUUAUCGUUAUCUUACCAAUAGCAAUUAAAAAUAUAAUUAAUUCGAUAACUAAACAUGAACUUCAAUCAUUUUGGUUUUUAAUUAUCACUAAAGUAAAAAUGUAACAAAGAGGUUAUCAUUUUGAAGAUAGUAUUUUCACAUAUUAGAACCACUAAUCUAAUCGUAAGUGGUUUUGUACGAAGAGUACAAAAUGAAAUAUAUCUCUCUCUAUGUGUUCAUUCUUGCUGCAGUUAGCGCAGAAAAAAAUCUUAUUGUUCAACUUGAAGAUGGUUUGGUGGAAGGUUUCUAUGCAAAUUCUUAUAACGGACGUAAAUUCGCUUCAUUUGAAGGAAUUCCUUUCGCUGCAGCUCCUGUAGGAGAAAAUAGAUUCAGGCCUCCGCAACCAACACCAAAAUGGAACGGAACAUUAAAAGCAAAUCAAGUAUACACUUGCAUUCAGUUUUCUACAAAUCAUGUAUUAGGUACAGAAGAUUGUCUUUAUAUAAAUGUAUACGUUCCGAAAGAAAAACUUAACCGCGACGAUAAAUUGGAUGUUGUUGUUCAUAUUCACGGCGGUGCUUUUAUGGUGGGAACUGGUCAUGGUUUAGCAGGUCCAUCAAAAAUUAUGGACCGCGAUGUAGUAUACGUAAAUUUUAACUAUCGUCUUGGUCCAUUUGGUUUUUUAGCAACCGAAGAUGACGUUUUUCCCGGAAAUUAUGGUUUAAAAGAUCAAGUUCAAGCUUUACGCUGGGUUCAAGCUAACAUAGAACACUUCGGUGGGAAUAAAGAUUCGGUCACGAUUAUUGGAUUAUCUGCAGGAGGAGCAAGCGUUCAUUUACAUUAUUUUAGUUUGAACACUGAUGAGGUUUUAUUUCAUAAGGGUUGGGCUCAAAGUGGAUCAGCCAUGAACCCUUGGUCGUUAAAAAUAGAUUCUUUAAUAAAUGCAAAUAAAUUAAUUACCGAUGUUGGGUGUAAAGAUGAAGAUGUCAAUGUAACAUUGAGAUGUAUGCGACAAAGAACAGCUUUGCAAAUUGCCGAAAAUAUAAAAGGGACUUAUGCAACACCUUUGUUACCUUUAGUACCUUUUGGGCCAAGUUACGAAUUGAUGGAUAUAAAUAAUAAGGAGCCUUUUUUGACAACAGCGCCUUAUUUACAACUUAAAAAUGGAAAAGCUUUGGAUCGCCCAUUUAUUAUUUCUCAAACUACAGAAGAAGGACUUUUACCAGCUGCUUUGUAUUAUAACAACUUAGAAGAUCUUGAUAGGGAUUGGAAUGAAUUAGCGCCGUAUAUGUUGGACUUUUAUCAUAUGCCGCGACAAGAUUGGCCGAUAAUUUCCGAAAAAAUCAAAAAAUACUAUUUUAAAGGAGAAAAUAUCACCAAAACUAAUUUUAAAUCGUUCGUAAAUCUUUGUAAUCAACGUCUAUUUCAUAUGGGGGCCGAAUUAUCAGCUAAAGUGCAAGCUAACGUCUCUAAUUCAGAAGUUUACUUUAUGAUGUUUGGUUAUCCUGGAGCUAAUUUAAACUUAACAAAGAUAAUUUAUAAAGCAGAUGUUGAGGGUGUUGGGCACGCUUUCGAUGCUAACUAUUUUUACGAGUUUAAUAUCGGCUCCAGAUUAACGGCUGAAGAAGAAAAAGUAAAAGAUAUAAUGUUGGAUUUUUUGGUUUCAUUUGCUAAAACCGGGAAACCAACUUCAAAUGGAAUUGAAUGGAAUCCAGUUGGGAAAGGUUAUAAUUUAAAAUAUUUAUUGGUUAAAAAUUCUAAAGACAUUGUAAUGAAAUCGAAGAGUCUUUCGGACGCUGAAGAGUUUUGGAAAUCAUUAGGAAUUAAAGGAGAAUAUAGUCUUUAUUAAUUUA